CCGGAGCAGCUGCGGGCGCGGAGAGAGUCAAGAACCCGGGCGGCGUUGGUCCGUAAAUGAAUUAAAAUCACGGCCGCCGAUAAUCGACAUGGACCGCUGAGGUGCAUCACGGAAAUCUUCAGACACCUACCUUAAACUUUGUGGUGGCCUCAAACUGGACCUGCACCUGUCCCAGCACCCUCCAGUACUGACAGCAGUGUCCUAGCCCAACGCAUAGACCCUGAGAGAGACUGCGACCUGACGGAAGAAGGGCUUCAGGGGGUGUGGCUCACCCCUGCCCGCUACCAAUACCUGUUCGCCAGCAAAUUACCACCCCACCCCAACGAGCCGACCCUGUUGCAGUCAAGAUGGCUGCCCGAGAGCGUAGCCCUCGGCACCGUCCGUGGUCUGUGUACCGCGCCAACACCUUCGACCUCUCUUCGGAAAUGCUUGGCCUCACACUGGCAGGAAACAGCCAGGAUCCAGAUGAGCCAGUGCUGGAGUUUAGUCUAGCCUGUAGCGAGCUUGUAACACCCACGUUAGACCGCAAACCAAAUAGUUUUGUUGCUGUGAGCUGCACCACACCUCCUCAAGCCUUCUGGACCAAGCAUGCUCAGACUGAGAUUAUAGAGGGCACCAGUAACCCCAUUUUCCUCAGCAGCAUCGCUUUCUUCCAAGACUCCCUCAUCAGCCAGCAGACCCAGGUCAAACUGUCGGUCUAUGAUGUCAAGGAUCGCACUCAGGGAACGAUGUACAUGCUUGGCUCGUCUAUGUUUACUGUCAAGGAACUCCUGCAGGACAAGCAUCACCGCUUACACCUGAUGCUCAGGUCAGCAGAGAAUGAGCGUGUGGGCAACAUCACCAUCAUUGCAUGGCAGAUGGAUGAGAAGCGUGACCAGCGGGCUCCUGUGGCCCGGCUGCCGGACACUGUCAAUGGGCGGAUGGUGCUUCCUGUGGACGAGAGCCUAACUGAAUCAGUGGGAGCGAGGGCUAAAUGCGCCUCUCUAUGCAAGGACAUUCUGUUAAAGGCUGUAUUCGGUGGGACCACGUCACGCAUGUACCGCUUCCCUACCACGGACGGGAACCACCUGCGGGUUCUGGAGCAGAUGGCAGAGAGCACUAUGUCGCUCAAUGUGCCUCGACAGUUUGUAAAGCUCCUGCUGGAGGAAGACGCUGCCCGGGUCUGUGAGCUGGAGGAGCUGGGGGAACUCUCUCCAUGCUGGGAGAACCUACGGCGACAGAUCAUUACCCAAUACCAGACCAUCAUCCUCACUUACCAGGAGACUCUCACCAACCUACAUGAGUACAAGGGCCCCUCCUUCAAGGCCAGCAAUCUGAAAGCUGAAAGAAAGCUGGAGUUCAUGCCCACCAACCUCCAUGUCCAGAGAAUGAGAGUUCAGGAUGACUCAGGUUUUGAUCACACAUACGAUGUUGUGACUAUUGGCGCCCCUGCUGCUCACUGCCAGGGAUUCAAGAGCAAUGGUCUGAGGAAGCUCAUCCAGAAGUUCCAGGAAGCUAAGAAGCACGUUUAUGAGGAGGCUUGCAGUGCCCAGACCAGCUCCCAGUCCAUUAUCUACGUCCCUCAGGACAUCGUCCGUGCCAAAGAGAUCAUUGCCCACAUCAACACCCUGAAGACCCAGGUCAGCUACUAUGCUGAGCGCCUUUCCCGUGCUGCUAAGGAUCGCUCUGCUAGUGGACUCGAAAGGACACUGGCUAUCCUGGCUGACAAGACCCGGCAACUGGUGACAGUGUGCGACUGCAAGUUGCUGGCCUCUGCCAUCCAGGCACUGAACGCUGCUCGUCCCGAGUACAUUGCCUCCAAAGCUUCACCCUCCGGUGCUGAGUGUGAGCGGGUGGUCCUGCGGAAUGACCAGGACACAUUGUUGGCAAAGUGGGCAGGCCGUAAUAGCCGCUCCUCUUUGCAUGUCAACUGGCACGAGGAAGAGUGGGAGAAGGUGUGGCUGAAUGUGGACAAGAGCCUGGAGUGCAUCAUCCAGCGUGUCGACAAGCUGCUGCAGAGGGAGCGGCUGCAGAGUGACAGCAGUGAGGAUGUCUUCUUGUGUGACCAGGAGGGCAAGAAAGAUGGCAGCCCUAACAGCGAGGAGUCUUCAUCAGGAGAGUGGAGCGAAGCCCUUUACCCUUUGCUCACCACAUUGACAGAGUGUGUGGCAAUGAUGAGCGACAAGGCCAAGAAAUCCAUGGUAUUCCUGCUGAUGCAGGACAGUGCCCCCACCAUCGCUAUGGACCUGAGCCUGCAGUACCGCCGCGAUGUGGUCUUCUGCCAAACGCUCACAGCCCUAAUAUGUGGUUUCAUCAUCAAACUGAGGAAUUGUCUCCAUGAUGAUGGCUUCCUAAGGCAACUGUACACCAUUGGCCUGCUGGCACAGUUUGAGAGCCUGCUGAGCACUUACGGGGAAGAGCUUGCUAUGCUGGAAGACAUGAGUGUAGGUGUCAUGGACCUGCGGAAUGUCACCUUCAAGGUCACACAGGCCAUGACCACUUCAGCCCCUGACAUGCUGCCUGUCAUCACGGGCAACCGAGAUGGCUUCAAUGUCCGCAUCCCGCUGCCCGGAACCAUGUUUGAUGCCCUGCCUCGUGAGAUCCAGAAUGGCAUGCUGCUGCGUGUGCAGCCCGUGCUCUUCAACGUGGGCAUCAAUGAGCAGCAGACACUGGCCGAAAAAUUUGGAGACACAUCACUGCAAGAGGUCAUUAACCUGGAGAGUCUGGCUCGCCUGACCUCUUACUAUGAACAGUUCAAGGAGGUCUUACCUGAAGACUGUCUACCUCGUUCUCGGAGUCAGACCUGCUUACCUGAGUUGCUGAGGUUCCUGGGCCAGAAUGUCCAUGCCAGGAAGGCCAAAAAUGUGGACAUCCUGUGGCAGGCUGCCGAGGUCUGCCGGCGCCUGAAUGGUGUGCGGUUCACCAGCUGUAAGAGUGCCAAGGACCGCACGGCCAUGUCAGUGACGCUGGAACAGUGUCUCAUCCUGCAGCAUGAACACGGCAUGGCCCCACAGGUCUUCACCCAGGCCCUGGAUUGCAUGCGCAGUGAGGGCUGUCGACGGGAAAACACCAUGAAGAAUGUGGGAUGUCGCAAGUAUGCCUUUAACUCCUUGCAGCUGAAGGCCUUCCCCAAACAUUACAGACCUCCAGAAGGAACUUACGGCAAAGUUGAGACGUGAUAGUCUGGCCAGUCUGCUGGCGUAGCCAAUAGGAAGAGAGGAGAGAAACACAACACAUGAAAAAAAUCCCAUGAGUUAGUUCACAUCCACUGACAUGGGACCUUCGUAACAGUAGCAUCAUAGAAAUAUGUUAAUCUAUUCAGCAGGAUACAAACACACAUAACUGCACCACCAAGUUUAGGUUAUUCAUAAUCCUCCAAAGACCUAUUUCAUCAUCAGCUUUAGAGUUGAUACCAUAAAACGUAGAUAAGGCAUGCCUGGGUCUGUUUCUCUCUUUCUUUGUCUUUUUCAAGUACAAACACAGAGCACACUGCAAAUUCAAAUUGCCCUAAUUCCUGCAGCGCUGGGGUAGACGAGAAAGGAGUCUGGUUUGACAAAGGGACUGCUAACAGUAGUUGCCAUGGCAGAUUUUCUUGCCUGUCGUUGGUCUGCUUGGAAGAGGGCUGGAGCUCUGCUUAUUAAUAAUGAUGAGUAGCUUUCCCACCACGUUCAGAUUCAGAGUCUGCCUGGUACACACACAUGCAUCCUGUUGUAAACUACUUAGUUACUAAACAAAUACGUAUAAAUCCAUUGAAAAAAUGUACAGGAUAGUUAAUUUUUGCCUCUACAAUAGUAAUUUAAUUCCAAGCAUUUUAGAUAUUUUGUUUGUAAAUUGAGAACCUGUUAAUAAAUGUGCAUAAAUAAAUAUUUUAAAUCCACACUCCAGAUUAUGGUGCAAUCGGACGUGGUACAGAAAGCUCCAGAGUAGGACAGUAGCAUCUGCUGCCCAGCGAAUUCUCUCACAGGCCUUUCGCUUACAGAGCUGAGCAUGCACAGGAUGCCCAGCUUACACAGUCAUUGCCUCCCAGGAGUGAGCCUUGCCAAGCAUGUGGGCGUGCUGUGCUCUUGUGCCUAUAAAAAUGCCCCUCCGUAUAUACUGGAUCGUACCUGUUGACAAGCCCACCAGUCAAAAAAAACUUGAACAUUUGCCAGGCAAAGACACAGCAACCAUCAACGUGCUGCUGCCCAUGUUAACACCACACCAUAACACCCCACCCUUCCACCCCACUCCCUGGCCCAGUGUCCCCAGGCAAGCAGUCCCCCUCUACUGCUUGAUCAGGCUGAACUGGGCCAGCUUGGAGACACCAUGAGAAGUACCACAGCUUGCCAGCCAGUUGGAGAUAUUUGCUUUCUGCUGGUUUAACCGACUGCUCAGCUUUCCAUGGAAAACCUUUAUCCCUUUCAUUCCUGAACCACUCAGUACCAAACACAGAGUUUCAGAGCACUCUCUCUGAACUCAUUCACUCAUUUUUUCUCCCUCACACCUCCUCUGGGAUGAGCACCACCACUACUACUGCAUCCAAGGUGUUUGUGUGUUUAUUUGGAUUCUGGAGUAGAGGGAUGCUCUGCAACACUAGUUGAGUGUCAGGCUGCGGGCAAAGCAAAGUACCUGAAAGGUGUACGAAAAGGAAAUGUUCCCAAAUAUGACAUAUUUUUCCAUUGUGUUUAUUUGAACAACGUAGGGUGUUGGUUAAUUGGGAUGUUUUUCACAGACUAAGAUGUCUUCAUAUUCAGUACAAUAUAUACAUCUGCAGGUAGAUGAUGCCUGAGUGCAAUACAGCUUGUUCCAGCUUGCAUCCACGAAUAUGCCUGAUAUGCAGAAAGCGCACACAGCACAUCACCAUCAUACAGCAAAAUUCAUGUCCUAUAAUUAUUUAACUGUCAUGCAUAAUGCCUGUAAGAGCAGAAGAGUGGUUGGUAUCACUGUUACUGGUGGUUAUCUAUCUGUGAAAUAGCAGAAAAUGUGGCUUUCGUUUUGGACUGCUAAUACGCUGUAGGUGCUCAGGUGAAUGUCAGAUCAUGUUUUGUGUCCUGGUGUGUCAGAGUUUCAGGUAUCACCCAGGCACUGCAUUUACCCUGGACAAUCACUGAAUCGUGCUGCAAGGGCCAGUUAGAUGGUUUAUUCAGGAUUGUUCCUCAUGGACUUGGAUUUCUCAUGUUAGUCAUUUAAACUGUCCAAUGAAUGUUUUGUCUAAAAAUGUACUAAGGUGCAUUCUGAAUUAACAGUACCUCUGUUCAGGUGACUCAGAAUGGAGAAGACUGACAUCUGGCAUUGUGGGGGUGAGAUAAGACAAAUAAAUUAUUUGGAUUGAGUGCACGUUAUCAUUCUGCACAGUCUGUCCACGUCCCUGCUCAAAGGCUUUUUACACAAUUAACAACGUAUCACAUAUUCAUAAUUUUACUUUAUUUUAUAUUCACAGGGAAGUUGCUUUUUGUAACUGAGAAGAAAAGCACAUAAUAACCCAGCAUAGGUCCUGUCCUUUUCUGAUACAGCACUGGAUAGGCUACCUGCUAAUAACUCCAUUAUUCUCUUUAAUUGUUCCAACCUACUCGGUUUGGAAGUAACCUCCAAGUAACCAGAUAUGUGUGCUGUUUGUAUUUGACCCAGCAUAUGUGAAAUAAUUAAGUAAUUGUACGGUUCUAAACCUGCCUACAAGCACUAGCAUAUAGUACUGUGCAAAAGUCUUUAGGCACUUAGAAAUUUCAUAAAAAUAUUUGUUUUAGACGGUU